AUGGGGAGUGGCUUUUGAUAUGCGCACCAGGCACUUCUCCUUCUCUCUCUCUCUCUCUCCAUUGGUCUGGUUUUGAGGCCGGCGUUGGAUGAGCCAUCGUAAAGGUAAUGCGCUCCAUUGUCCCACCCACCUCCUUUUCUUGUUGAGUUCCAUUCAAAGCUCUUGCCCCAGCACGAGCUUCACGUUCCAUACACCCCUUUCUCUCUCCCUCUCUCUCCCUCUGUGUAUGGAUUUGGACUUCCUGAGUCGCCUCAAGCUAUCCAGAAUCCGCUCCUGAUUCCCGCUCUCCUCCUCCGCCCGACCUCGUCGCUGGCCCACUUCCUGUGAUAAGCGGGACCGGCCCGAAUCUCGGAUUCGGUGUCCCGAUAGCGCUGUCGGAUAAUUCAUGUCCCUGGCCAAUGCCGCACCUCGCUCGGGGCUCUGAACUCGUUCGCCGCCGCCGCCGCUAAAUGAUUCCGCAACCGUCGUCCUCCGCGAGCUUCGACUUCGCGCAGGCCUCCCCCACGUUCUGCCCCUGCGGCGGUGAAGCCCUCUGCUCCCGCUCCCCGCUCGUUGCUUUCUCUAGGAGGAGGAAGAAGAGAUUCCUGUCCAGUUCGUUGAGCAGGAGGAGAUGGAGUUUCGGGGCUUGCAUGAUACCCUCUGACGGUGGGAACCGCGGGUUCAAUGUGGAAAUUGCUAGUUCGGCCAGGAAGGGUGCCAAGACUCUCGUGGUCAAGAGGUUGGCCAAUGAGUUGCACAGCGAGGAGUUGCCCGGAGAGGCGUCCAUCCAGAUGGGUUCGAAUUUCACCAACUUCCGCGAGGACCCCAUUGUGGAUAAGCUCAGGACGCAGCUCGGAGUGAUACACCCCAUACCUUCGCCUCCGAUUAAUAGGAAUAUAGCGGGCUUAUUUGUUUUCUUUUUCUUUGUUGGUGUUGCUUUCGAUAAGCUAUGGACCUCGAGAAGAAGGAAUAAAGCGGGGGGCGAUGAGAUCAGGCGUGGCGUGUGGCCGCAGGUGCCCACGAGCUUUUCCUUGUUCCUGGAGAAGGAUUUGCAGAGGAAAGAAUCCGUUGAGUGGGUGAACAUGGUGUUGGGGAAGCUUUGGAAGGUUUAUAGAGGUGGGAUUGAGAAUUGGCUUAUUGGGCUGCUUCAACCUGUCAUUGAUGACUUGAAGAAGCCUGAUUAUGUCGAGAGGGUUGAAAUUAAGCAGUUCUCACUGGGGGAUGAGCCAUUGUCUGUCAGAAAUGUCGAACGUAGGACUUCACGACGCGUUAAUGACUUGCAGUACCAAAUAGGCCUUCGCUAUACUGGUGGUGCCCGCAUGCUUUUAAUGCUCUCGCUGAAAUUUGGUAUCAUCCCAAUCGUUGUGCCAGUUGGCGUUCGGGACUUUGAUAUUGAUGGGGAACUUUGGGUUAAGUUGCGAUUGAUACCAACAGAACCUUGGGUGGGAGCUGUUUCAUGGGCUUUUGUUUCACUUCCAAAGAUCAAAUUUGAACUUUCACCAUUCCGCUUGUUCAAUCUGAUGGCAAUUCCUGUUCUUUCCAUGUUUUUAACGAAGCUUCUCACUGAGGAUUUGCCUAAUCUAUUUGUAAGACCAAAGAAGAUUGUUUUAGAUUUUCAGAAAGGAAAAGCAGUUGGUCCAAUCACAAAUGAUUUCAGAUCUGGAGAGAUGAAUGAAGGAAACAGGGAUUAUGUUGGAGAGUUGUCUGUGACUCUGGUUGAUGCUCGGAAACUUAGUUUUUUCUAUGGCAAAACUGAUCCAUAUGUUAUCCUAAGCUUGGGGGAUCAAAUAAUUAGAAGUAAAAAGAACAGCCAGACCACUGUCAUUGGGCCUCCUGGAGAGCCAAUCUGGAAUCAGGAUUUUCACAUGCUCGUUGCAAAUCCUAGAAAGCAAAAGCUGCACAUUCAAGUGAAAGAUGCUCUUGGAUUUGCAGAUCUGACUAUUGGCACAGCUGAGGUUGAUUUGGGGUCUCUCCAAGAUACUGUACCCACAGAUAGAGUGGUGGUCUUGCAAGGAGGUUGGGCAGUGUUUAGAAGGGGAUCCUCGGGGGAGCUACUACUUCGACUUACAUAUAAAGGUUAUGUUGAAGAUGAAGAAGAUGACAGAGCCAUGUUAGAAUCUAUGGAAAUAGAUGUCUCGGAUGAUGAGUCCGAUUACGAUGAGUCAAGUAGUACUUAUGGACAGGGGGUAACCACUUCAAGUGGAACAGAUAAGGAAUCAUUCAUGGAUGUGUUAGCAGCACUAAUUGUGAGUGAAGAAUUUCAAGGAAUUGUAGCAUCUGAAACUGCAAACAGUAGAUUUCCACAUCAAGCCUCAAAGACCGGGUCUAGGGUACCAUCAGGAGGUGUUAAUGCAAAAUCCUCCUCAUCUUCUGAUGCUGGCAGUGCUUCUGGAGGAUCAGUUUUACUUUGGCUUGCAGUCAUAUCGAGUAUAUCAGUGUUAAUUGCUCUAAACAUGGGUGGUUCUGGUUUCUUUAAUCCUUGAUUGUGCAGCUACACCGAUAAGGAUGGUCGAUGGUCCACUUGUUUUUACCUCCCAAUGAUGGAGUUGGCUCAGUACAUUCUUUUCUCAUGGUGUCUUCUACUCUCACAUUAUGUAAAUUCAUGGCUGUUAGCAGAGGAGUGUCCUGAUGGCGGCGGAAAAAUUUUGUCUACAACUUUGUGCGACUUAAAGAUUCACCUGCAUUCAUUGUUCAUAUGACAAGGUGACAGUCUUUUUUCUGAAACUCAAUUACCAGCGAAUUAGUAGCUUAGAAAGAUCAUAAUCUGCAAUCGGCGGAGUCGGUGCUUUACACAUUCUUAGGAAGAUUUAUUGUGUUUCCUUGCAUGAGAUGACAAGGUUGUAACACUUGAUAUGUAGGCCAGGCAAUUGUAUGAUAAUAAAAAUUCAGCAUUUGAAGAA